GGGCUCCCUGUGUUCUCUCUAGGAAUGGCUACAAGUUCCUCUACUGCUCGGCCAGGGCUAUUGGCAUGGCCCACAUCACCAAAGGCUACCUCCAAUGGGUCAAUGAGCAAGGCUGUGGCCUCCCCAUGGGCCCCAUGCUGCUCUCCCCCAGUAGUCUCAUGUCUGCCUUCCACAGGGAGGUGAUUGAGAAGAAGCCAGAGGUGUUCAAGGUCACCUGCUUGACAGACAUCCGAAAACUGUUUGCUACAAAGUGUCCCUUCUACGCUGGCUUUGGGAACAGGCCCAGUGAUGUCUAUGCUUACAAGCAAGUGGGGCUGCCAGAGAGCCGCAUAUUCACCGUGAACCCCAAGGGAGAGCUGAUCCAGGAGCUCAGAAAGAACCAAAAGUCAACAUAUGAGUGGCUGUCGGAGCUGGUGGAGAUCUUCUUCCCUCCUGUGGGACAGACGGGGAGCACUGGGCUGGUACAGCCCCUUUGCCUGCUGGAGACCUCCACUGCCUCAUACUGA